GUAUAUGGAAACACUUGUAAAGUUUUGUUAUCUGUUAAUGUCUUAAGAAUGCAUUGGAACCCCACAUGAGUCAAGAUACCCUGGAGUAUCAUUGGGGAAAAGACCAUGAAACCUAUCUGGAGAACCUAAACAAGCAAAUCGUAGGAACAGAGCUAGAAGGAAUGUCCUUGGAAGACAUUGUGGUUGUUUCAUACAACAAGGGUGAUAAACUUCCCUCCUUUAACAAUGCUGCCCAGGCUUGGAACCAUAACUUCUUUUCGAAAUCAAUGAAACCAGGUGGUGGGGGAAAACCAUCUGGAGAACUUCUAGAUCUGAUUGAGAAAGAUUUUGGUUCCUUCGAUCAAUUUGUUGAACAGUUCAAGUCUGCUGCAGCUACUCAGUUUGGCUCUGGCUGGGCAUGGCUUACAUGUGGUGACCACUUGCAUUGCAUCUUUUCUUAUCUCUUUAUAUUCCUUGCUACACAAGAUACAGUGCGAUUUUUGCUACAUGCUUACAAUAGAGAUUGCUUUCUACUUAGAUUAGUUGCAUGUGAUAUUUAUCAACUGUUUAUUUUCUGCCCACUCCUCACUAUCGAUGUCUGGGAGCAUGCUUAUUACCUUGACUUCCGGAACCAACGACCUGAUUACAUAUCAACGUUCAUGGAGAAGCUUGUAUAUUGGGAAGCAGUUAGUGUUAGACUUGAGAAAGCAAAGGUUCAAGCUGCAAAGUGAGAAAAGUUGGAGAGUAGAAACAUAAUGAUGCAGAGGCUC